AUGCAUUUAGUCAAAUAUAUUUUCAUUUAUUUUUUCAUUUGUCUAUGGAAUAAUAUAUCAGCAAAUAAUAAUGAUUUUAAUCCUUAUGAAGUUCUUGGUUUAGCUCGUAGUGCAUCAGAUAAAGACAUUCGACAAGCAUAUAAAAAAUUAGCAAGACAUUGGCAUCCUGAUAAAAAUUCCGAGCCAAAUGCUCAUGACCAAUUCACAAAAAUCAAUGCAGCUUAUGAAAUUCUUUCUGAUUCAACAAAACGACAAAAUUAUGAUGAGUAUGGUACAACAACUCAAGAUAGUCAUCGUGGUUUUAAUACAAAUCAUUUUCGUGAUCCAUAUGAUAUCUUUCGAGCACAUUUUGGUGGUGAUUUUCAUUUUUUUCAUGAAACACCAACUGGUGCAAAAAAAAUCAUUCAUUCACGAGAAUUUCUAGCUAAUAUUUUACCAAAUAGUGAUAAAAAACCUUAUGUUCUUUUUGGUAGUACAAAUUUUUGUUUACAUUGUCGUCAACCUUUAGCAAUAUUUCGUUCAUUGGAAAAACAAUUCAAUGAAGUUGGUAUUAGUACCGCAGAAUUUAAUGUUAAUGAUCAACGUUUAAGUAAUGAAUUAGGAAUAUUUAAUAGUCCAUCAUUAUGUGUUAUUAGUCAACGUCGUGUUUAUCAUUUUAAUGAUCAUGGAAAACCAAGUGAAUAUACAGAAACAAAUAUCAAAGAAUUCGUUAGAAAAUCAAUACCUAUUAAACGACAUGUGCAAAUAUUAGAAACUGCUGAUGAUAUAUUAUCAUUAAUAUCAUUAUAUAAUCAAUCGAAUCGAGUUUAUGCUAUUUUAAUAACUAGACAAAAAACAGCAACACUUAAAUUUGUUAUACCUUGUUUGCAAUAUAUACCGCGAAUACAAUGUGCUUUAUUAAAUUCAUCUGUGAUAAUGAAUACUCAAUUACCACCAUUUCUUAAACAAAUUUCAACUAUGUCUGAUACAAUUUUAUUAUUUAAAGAAGAUAAAAAUCCAGUAGCUGUUAUUAAGGAUAAUGAUUUCACUUUUUCAAAUGUUCAAAAAUUAUUUGAAUCUAAUCAACUUUUAUACUUACCAACAAUUACAAGCUCAAAUGUAUUCAAUUUAGUCUGUCAAAUAAAUUCUGCUAAACCUUGCUUUUUAAUUAUCGGUGAUUCGUUUCUCUUCGAACAAUAUCGUUCAUCUUUUCUACAUCUUGCUAAACAACUCUUCCAACAAUAUGGUACACGUAUGGCAUAUCUUGAUUCUUCAUCAACCAAACAAAUAGGUUUUAGUAAAAUAUUCUCUUCAAUUUAUCAACCAACUGAUAAAAAAUUAUUCAUUAUUGUUAUUCGUCGAUGGUUUGAUGAUACAAUUGAAUUAGUUAAUACAGAAGUUGAAUUUGAUAAAAAUUCUUUAGUUGAAUUUAAACGUAAUAAUUUAAAUAUUAUUGCUGAUAUUGAAGCAAAUUUAAAAUUAUUUUUAACAACACGUUGGCAAAAUCCAAAGAAAUUUACAUUACCAACAAUAUUUAAUUUUGAUGAAAUUGAUGAGAAUAUUUUCACGGUACUUAUGAAUAAAAUUCAAGAUAAAUGGAAUUAUUGGGUGGAAAGAAAUCCAAUUCUUCGCUCUUUAUCAGGAUAUGUUUUUACAUAUCAAUUUUGGUUAUGUCUUCUUUCAAUUCUUGCAUAUUUAUGGUAUUCAAAACAAGAUUUAGGAAAUAAUUUAAAUAAUAAUAACAAACAACCUAGAAGAUCUUAUGCAUCUUCUACAAAUCGAAAACCAAAUGAAGUCUAUCGAGAACCUACAAGUACAAUAAAAUUAAAUGAAUUUGAUCAAUCUUUUCUUCAACGUUAUGUAAAUCCUGGUGCACCAAAUGUUAUUGUUUUACUUCUUAUUGCUGAUACACCAAAUGAUGCAUGUAUUGGAUAUUUUAAUAAACAAAUUAGUUUAAUUAAUGAUUCUCGAAUGAUCUUUGCUGUUCUGUAUCGUGAACAUUCACCACAAUGGCUUAUUGAACUUUGUUCUAAUGUAGAAGACGAACAUAAUCGUCGAUUAGUUCGAUUUACGUCAUCAACUGUGUUGGCAUUGUACAUACGAAGAAAAUUUUUUGUACCUUAUUGGUCAUUAUCAAAUAAUGAUGAAGUUUUAGAUGAAAAUGGUGCUUUUAUUGGAAUGGAUAAUCAUCAUUAUCGUUCAUCAUCAACAUCAUCAACAGAUUCUAUAGCAUCAACUACGGAUUCAUUAUCAUUUCCUGAUUGGAUUGAUCUUCUAUUCGAUGGCAAUAUUAGAAGACCUAUGUCUGUAACAGAUUGGCCGAUGAUAUUUCGUUAA